AUGCCGUUAGAUCCAGAGCAGCUUGUGAUUGAUACUCCAGAUUCGGAAACUCGCUCACUGCCAUGGCCCAAAAGUUUUAUUGGAGAGUGUGAACGAAACCCUGGCUCUGUCUGGACAAUUGGCCUUUUAACGGUCAAUCAGUUGUCCCUCCGGCUUGUCGAAAAUCCAGUCUGGAACUGGAUUAAUGCUACACAGCCGGAAACGGCCUUGAUUAACUCCCGAGAAACAGUGAACGAGAAAGUGGAACUGUACACAUCUUGGUUUGAUGACGCGCUCAUCGCGGCUAUGGAGCAUACAGAUUUCAUUAACCUAGAGCUCGAUAUUUGGUCCAAUAGAAACGGCCGUUCUUAUCUUGGUAUAGCUGCAUCAUUUGUUCCCAACCUUUUGAACGAAAAGCUUUUGAAAGAGCAAGGGCAACAAGCCCUACUUAAUAGCUUUCAAAUGCCUUCCAAUAGCCAUCUUUUGGAAUGUGUCGAAAUCACAGAUUCUUCCCACAAAGAUAAACAUUUACUGAAGAACGUGGCGAAGGUGCUUAAAAAGUAUAAAAUCACCGACAAAGUGAGCUCCAUUACUUCUGGAAACGCCGCACGGAACACGUCAGCAAACUCGUAUCCUCUCCAUGACCUUUUGAAACCUGUGAAGCCAAAAGCCUUCUUGAAGACCAAUGACUUUCACCACAUUCAUUGCGCUAGCCACACAAUCAACACUCUGUUCCAAGACAUCGUGACAGAGUUACAAAAUGAUGAAACUUUUAAUUCGGGUUUGGAGCAUAUACGUUCGCUCGCAGCAACGAUCGAGCAUACUCCAACCUUGAGAUCUUCGCUGGCAGAUGCUGGCUUGUCGUUGAUCCCUCUAGAAACAGAGAAGCAUUCAUUUUUGGUCUGGAAUCAAAUUGCGGUGUUUGUUGAGAAUUAUGACAAAUAUGUGCUCUGGUGCCGUACCUUGCAGGCAUCCGCAGCACACCAACGUUUCCACAAAAAUCUUAAAACCUUAAUAGACCUUCCCGAUGCAACAAAGCAUCUGUUAGCGUAUUUUGUCAGUUGUUGCUCGAUCUUUCAACAUCUCGAAGAUACCCUGCAAAACGAUAGCUUGAGUAACCUUCCGAAUGCGGUGACAUUCUACUACACGAUUAAGGGAUACUUUGAGCUUUGCAAGGUUGCCGAAGUUGAGACGAUCGAGACAGCAGCAGAAGGUUACUUCGACUAUACAUUCAUCAAUGGAGCACAGGGCGUGCCUGAGAAUACCAAAGCUAUCGUACUCAAAGCUGUACUUUCUGGAAAGCCAAAGUUUGAGGAAUACUUCGAAGAUUUUUCCCGGAAUGACAUUUACUUUGUUGGCGCCUUCUUGGACCCAAGCUUAAAAUUUGACUGUUUCAAUGAGCUUAUAGGUGGGAAAGAAGGAGAGUACCAUGCUCUGAGAGUGGAGACGUACAUCAAGCAUUACCUUGCUCAAUGUCGAUUCAAGAGCUCUAAACCUGGACCUUGUAUUAAUACUGCAACCACGCGAAUGAAGAAUUUCCAAGUAAACAAACUUCUUAGGCCCAAUAGGCGUCAGAAACAAUCUACCAGGACGUAUGUGUUGGAGGGAAUCAAGGCGUUUGAAGAGUGGGAAAGCUAUAAGGCCGAAAGUCAGCUCUCGUCAGAUUCCACAACAGAUGCUGUGCGAUGGUGGUAUUCUAGACGCGCAAUCUACCCUAAUUUGUUUCCUUUGGCCUUAUCGAUGCUGUACACGAAGUUCAGCACUUGCGGGAUUGAGAGAACUUUCUCCACCUGUGAAAAGCUCGUUCGAAAAAAGAAGAGUCACUCGGGCAGUGCACAUAUCAAGCACCUCAUGGUUCUGAGAGAUCGCUUUACCGCAUUUGGUGUUUUCAAUAAGAAACAAGCAAUGGCUUGUUUGAAUAGGGCAGAUAAGUCAUUUGUGGAACUUUCUAAAUCGGACGAAUUCUCGUUGGAAGAAGACGACACGACGGCUGUGCUUCAGUUCGAGCACUAUUAA